GACGGCUGGUUAAUCAUUUCCUCUGAGCUGGAAUCAGUCUCAAGGUUCCUCAAGGACCUCCUCAGAUAAGCAGCCCUCCUGGUGGAGCAGACAGACCAGCAGACCCCCUGGUGAGUGGACAGACCUCCUGGUGGAGCAGACAGACCUCCUGGUGAGCAGACAGACCGCCUGGUGAGCAGACAGACCAGCAGACCUCCUGGUGGAGCAGACAGACCUCCUGGUGAGCAGACAGACCGCCUGGUGAGCAGACAGACCAGCAGACCUCCUGGUGGAGCAGACAGACCUCCUGGUGGAGCAGACAGACCUCCUGGGGAGCGGACAGACCUCCUGGGGAGCGGACAGACCAGCAGACCUCCUGGUGGAGCAGACAGACCUCCUGGGGAGCAGACAGACCAGGCUCCAAUAGACCAGGGUAUUGACCAGUGGACCAGGGUCUGGAACAGUAGACCAUUAGGCGUAGACCAGAAGAGGAUGCGGGUCCUGCUGCUGCUGCUGCUGUCUGCUGAUUGGUCGCAGGCCCAGAAGUCGGAGCCAGGGCUCGGCGGGUCUGGGGGGGGGGGGUUCAGGGGAGCGGACCGCUACGACUUCGCCCUGGUGGUCCCCGCGGCCACACAGGAAUGUUUCUGGCAUUUUGCCCACCAGAGCGGAAACUUCUACCUGGACCACAUGGUCCAGUGGGUGACUGGGAUGGCGUCUGAUCACCGAUUGGCUGUGAGGGUUCUGUCUCCAGACGGCUCGCUCAUAUCUUCCUCCUACCAGGUCAUAGGUCAAAUCCACUUCGAGACCCAAACCACAGGGUUCUACCAGAUGUGUUUGGGGAACCAGAACCGGCUUGGGGUGGUUCGGGUCUUCCUGAACUUCGGGGUCGUAUACGGAGGUCAAGAGGUCACGGAGGUCAACGGGGUCAACAGCUCUCUGCUCAACAUACAGGGCAGCUUGGUGCGACUGCAGACCGCGGUGUUCCACAUUUGGAGGUUCUAUUCCCACGCCCGGGCGCGGCGGGGGGGCGACCUCCACCUGCUGGACUCCACCCGGGACUACGUCAGCUGGUGGAGCCUCGCCCAGACCCUUGUCAUCCUGACCGCCGGUCCCCUGCAGCUCCUCUUCCUCAGAAGGCUCUUCAUCAACCACACACACAAGACACGCUGCUGAGACACACACACACACACACACACACACACACACACACACACACACACACACACACACACACACACACACACACACACACACACACACACACACACACACACACACACGACACGCUGCUGAGACACACACACACACACAAACACACAAGACAUGCUGCUUAGACACACACACACACACACACACAAGACACACUGCUGAGACACAGACACACACACACACACACACACACACACACACACACACAAGACACACAGAUGAGACACACACACGUACACAAGGCACGCCGCUGAGACACACACGAACACACCCACACACACAAGACACGCUGCUGAGACACACACAAACACACACACACAUAGAUAGGGUUAGGCAGUAGAGGACAGGGUUAAGGUUAGGCAUUAAAGGACAGGGGUGAAUACAUUACGGUCAGAGGGUUCCUGAGUCAGCAGCUUUGUCACGAGUCGAUUCCUCCUUCUUCUGAUUAUUUAAAAUCCCUCCAGACAAUAAUAAAAUCAUUAAAU